AUGUCGGAGACGAAUGUUUUGUGUGAAAACUUCCCCAGGACAAACAGCAACAGUAAUUCCACUAACGUCAACCCUACCCAGGACAGCAAUGGGAAUAUUCGUAGUCCCACCACAAUCCCAGACAAUCUGGACGCAUCGAAAUCAAAGUUAUCCCCACACGACUUUCAGCUUCAUCGCCGGAACUCAUCUCACGGCCUCGAUCUUUCUAAAUCCCACCCAUCCUCUCCAACAGACGGCAUCAACGGGUUAGAUUUGACGAAACAGGAACUCCCGUCUCCAAAUUCAUUCUCACGGUCUUCCGAUCCCACGCCAUUUACAAAUGGAAUACCCACCCCGACACAGAUUAGCUAUGGUCCUGGUCGGUCCCAUAGCGCCGGAGAAGCCGUGUCUCCUUUCCGAUCCGAUCCUAUUCCGAACGGAUACAGUCCUGAUAACUUAGCCAACGGCGAUUACAAAAACACAUUUCUGGAGUCUUACGGUAGAUCCAUAGAUUCCACAUCGAACAGGUUCCCAGAGGGGUAUUCCAGCAAAGUAUUCGAUCCAAUCACAUCACCUCCUGGAAUGAUGACGUCUUGCUCAGGGUCACCAGCGUACCCCACUAAAAUGUCUGACUCGUUCAUAGCAGCGAAAUUAGCUGAACAUUCGCAGUUUCCCAAACCUCAAGACCCGUACAGCAAACUUUUAGAGGAUUACUGUAACAACGCCAAAAAUAACAAUAACAACAUUACCGGACCAAAACUGAACGAUGACUAUACGGACAUUUGCGGAAAAAUGUCCGAUUCGCCGUAUAAAAAGAUCGCAGAAUCUUACGUGAAACAAAUAGAGUCCUUAGCCAACGGCUACAAAUCUGAUGUAGGUAUCUUUAAGCACGAGAACUCUUUGUCUCCCGAGUCCUUCAAAUCUGACCCACCAACAUUCGGCGCUCUUCCCAAACCUGACCCCAACUUGACCAACGGGGGUACCUUCGGCAGUAUGGCGGACUCGGUCAGUUCAUCCUCUCAGCCGUCUGGCCAAUCGCUGCCCAGUAUUAUGAACUUCUCGACCAAUCACCUUCGAGGUAUCGCCGGAGUGGACAGUGGACUGUCUGGUUUCUUGAACAGCUACGGCGUGGGAGGGGACAGUAGAGGCGACCGGGGAGAUAACAGAAGUGGAAGUGGAAGGGAUAACCAGGGAGGCAAUGGAGGAAAUGGAAACGACUCAAAUAUAUCCAGAGCCAGCCCUAACAACAAACUUGCUUGCAGAUUUUGCGGCAAAACUUUCUCUCAGGCUGGGUACAUCAAGGUAAGGCAUUGUUGUGGAAACAGCUUUUAA